CUCAGUCCCUCACUCAGUUAACUCCACCCAGACCACAACCAUAACGACCAGACCCACCCUACCCCCACUUAAAUUUCCCGGCCACCACCACUACCACAGCCACUCACCCGAAGCCCUAAAUUAGGAAAUUGAAUAUGAUUAUACUUUAUUAACCUAAAUUAGGUUUUCAAUUAGUAACGAUUAACUGUUUGUUGUUGCUAUUUCCAGGGAAUUUCAAUUAAUUUGGUUUGUUGCUGAUAGAAAUGGCUACUUUUUCUGGGUUGUCGUCAAAUUCUUCAGUUUUGGGUUAUAAUAAUGGCAACCCAAUGCUUUCAUUUCGAUAUCGAAUGUCGAUUGAAGCCAACACUAGAGGCUUGGUUACUUGUAAAUUUGUACCAAAAUGGGAUUUAAGGUCAGAGAUCCAUUAUUCUCACAAGAAGCAGGUUCAACCUCGGUUUUCGAUGUCUCGGGGAGGAAAUUAUGGUUUAAAGUUUGAUGAUGAGUGUGCUGAGGACCCAUUUUGGCUACGUUUCUCUAAGGAAACAAUCAGGGGUUUGAAAUCAUUGGUUAGGUUCCUUGUUCAACAACCUGGGCAGCUGAAGUACAUAGAAUGGCCGAGUUUUAACGACACGCUGCGAACUGCCACCCUCACCCUUGUACUUGUAGCCGGGCUUAUUGUUGCUUUGUCUUCAAUUGAUGCUGGACUUUCUUAUGUGUUGGCACUACUUCUGCGAAAACCUGCAUGACACAACCUGUUUUGGUCUCGGCUCUAGCUUUUCUGACAGACAACACUGAUUUUACCAGUAGCGUCGACAGAAUUUCAUCUUUGGAGGCUCAACUUGAUAGAUUUAAGAUCAGUGUACAUUGUAAACUAGUCAACUAGGACAAAGGGCUUUGGUAAAAGUAUGCUGUAAGUUUGAUCUUGUCUAUAACAUAGUACUUUGUAUUUCCUUACCAUUAAAGUAUGUUGAUCAUAUAAUUGUUUUACCAUUAAA